AGCCACGCCCCUUGAAGCAGAGGCAGCCAUGCUUUCCUUCCUUCGCGUCUGACAGGUCAGAUUCCGCAGGAGAGCCCCGCUGGCCAGCCAUCAAUGAGAAGAAGGGGUCCAGGAUGGACGAGGAGCCCACAGGGAGUGGGGGGGCUCCAGACUCCCAGCCAAAGCCAAGGGCCCCCCGGAAGCGGAAAAGGGAGGUGAGCGGGGGCGCAGGACCCUCCAGCCGAGCCCCCAAGGAGAAGAAGAGGAAGAAGCCCCGCCGAGCCCCCAGGACCCCCGCCCCACACUACUUUGUGCACGAGACAGACAACGACAUGCUGCUGAUCAUCUCCAAUAUGGGCGAAGCCCCCGAGCGGCCCCUUCGGAAGACCUCCAAGAGGAAGAAGGGGAAGGCCAAGCAGAAGAAGCAGCAGAAAAGUCCAACGAAACGGCCCGCAAAUAGAGGGAAAGCCGCCCAAAGAGGGUCUCUGGCAAAGCAACCGGGGAGUGUUGGAGUUCCAGGAGAGGGCAAAGAUGCGCUCCCAGUUUCCUCCCAGUCAGCUAAUGGAAGCUCCUGGGGAGAACAUCUCCCUGUGGAGAUCCUGGUGCAAAUCUUCCAUGUGGCCGUGGCUUCCGAUGGAGCGGUGCCCUUCCUCUGCAGGAUGUCCCGUGUGUGCCGGCUGUGGUACGGAGCGGCCUCCAACCCCGUCCUGUGGCAGAAGGUGUCCAUCGGCCACUGCUGGGUGGCUCCAGGGAAACGGCUUCCUCCUGCAGCGGAGAAGAGAGUCCUUGGCACCUUGGAGUGGCUGGUCCCCAACAGGUUUUCCCACCUCCGGGAGUUUUCCCUCUGUCAUUGGAAAAGCCUGGUGCCGGUUGUCUUGAAGGCGAUUGGCCAUUCCUGCCCCCUCCUGACCUCCCUGAAGCUGUCCCACUGCAAUGGGGUGACCACCGAGUCCCUCUGCGCAAUAGCUGAGAGCUGCCCACACCUGGAGAGCCUGAACCUACAGAAUUCCCAGACGGAUUCUUCAGCAGUGCUCAGCUUUCUGGAAGCGGCUGGCUCUCGCCUCCGGCACCUCUGGUUGACAUACAGCAGCCGCAUGAGUGCCAUCAUCGGGGUGAUUUUGAACGGCACCUGCCCGGAACUGCAGCUCCUCGAGGUGAACACGGAGCUCAAGCAGAGCCCGCACCACUUCCAGCUCCCCAUCGAGCAGCUCCAGGCCGCCUGCCCAAAGCUCCAGGUGCUGCGGCUUCUGAACGUCAUCUGCUACCCAAAGUCGGUGCCCUCCUCGGCCCCGCAGUCCCCGGGGUUUCCUCACCUGGAGGAGCUCUGCCUGGCCACCACCUCCUUCUCCUUUGUGGACAACAACAUGCUGCGCCGCAUCCUCUGCGCCUCCAGCCGGCUCCGCGUCCUGGACCUGCGCGGCUGCUUCCGCGUCACGCCCAAGGGGAUGGAGCUGCUGCCCUGCCCAGACCUAGAGCAGCUCUACCUGGGCCUCUACUGCAGCGCUAUCCACCUCCACCUGCCGCUCGAGGGCUGCCCUCUCAUCACCUGGAAGUGGAACCACAGCCUGCGGGAGCUGGACCUGACCGGGCAGAGCUUCAGCGAGGCCGACCUGGAGGAGGCCAUGGCAGCCUUUGGCCAGAAGCCCGGAGCGGAAGGGGAACCAGUCCUGCGCUCACUCAGCCUCACGGGCACCAAGGUCACCCUCAACACCGUCAGCUCCCUGAUCGCCAGCUGCCCGUCCCUGCGCUCGCUCAACCUCUCCUCCUGCCGCCAUUUGCCCCGCGGGAUGAAGAAGGCCUACCGGGGCCAAGAGGAGAUCCGCCACUGCUUGCACCAGCUCUUGAGCAGCUCAGAGGCGUCCGCCGGACUGGGCAGCACCACAUAAAGUCGUUCCAGAGGCUCAGAGUGGUCCCUCUUAACUUUGGACAGCUUCAUUCGCUGACCACUCCAAGAGGGGCCUGUUGGGCAGGGUGCCUGACCCCAUGCAGGACCACGGACAGCCCAUUCCCUUGUAAUAUAUUUGAGGAAAGAAGGGUUUGGUGUGAAGGACGCUGGGCCCUCUUCCCUCUCGUUUUGUACUUUUGUUUCCGUUGUCUUUUUUCUAAUUGUUUGUACAUGCAAACUCUACCAGAAUAAAAGGGUUUUUCACUUCUGGGUGCAUCA